CCGCAGCGUUAGUCCGGUACAUAAAAUGAAGCGACCAUCAGCGUUCGGGGAAGCUGUGUGGCUGUUUGGAUUUUGCUGAUGUAUGAGGAGACGAUAUUGUUUUUGUGAGAUCUCUGUCAAGGAGGUCAACAUCGGUACAGGGGAUGGACGAGCAGAAAUCAAACUGCGAAGAAAAUGACUCUGAACCAGCAGCUGAUGACAGUGCCCCUGCAAAGCAGCCUGUCUCCUCUGAGGAGCAGUCUGAAGACCUCCCUGGUGCUGAGGACAUGCCAGCCGUAACAGCAGCCUCUUCCAGCACGCCAGCAGAAAGCGUUCGAGCCUGUUCACUUUGUAACUGUGUGGAGCGGAGCCUGCAUGGACAGCAGGAACUGAGACAUUUUGGGCCAUCCUCAGAGCGGCCGACCCUCAAGCCAUCCAGUUCUCCACUGCCUCAACCUGGGAAUGAUGACCUGUCUUCCAUUGGAUUUUCCAAUUCCCCCUGUCUGGCGGCACUCUUUGAAGAUUCAGGGGGGUGUUGGGUUCAUCAAUGGUGUGCGGUGUGGUCGGAGGGAGUCAAGCGGUUGGAGAAUGAGGAGCUGGAGAAUGUGGAUAAGGCCGUUAUCUCAGGGACACAACAGCUUUGCGAAUACUGCAAAAGGCUGGGUGCAACGAUUCGAUGCCAUGCUGAAGGCUGCUCACGGUUCUACCACUUCCCCUGCUCAGCAGCCAGUGGAUCCUUCCAGUCCAUGAAGCAGUUGGUUCUCCUCUGUCCAGAACACAUAGACAAAGCUGAGGAGUUGGCAGGUGAAGAGUCUUGGUGUGCUGUGUGCGACUCAGCGGGUGAGCUCACAGACUUGCUGUUCUGUACGGGUUGUGGCCUACAUUAUCAUGCAGCUUGUCUUGAGAUUGGUGCCACGCCCAUCCAGCGGGCAGGAUGGCAAUGUCCAGAGUGUAAAGUGUGCCAGACUUGCAGACAACCUGGAGAAGACUCCAAGAUGUUGGUAUGUGAUGCCUGUGAUAAGGGCUAUCACACCUUCUGUCUCCAGCCAGCCAUGGAUUCUCUUCCCACUGACCCAUGGAAAUGCAGAAGAUGUCGUGUAUGCACGGAGUGUGGCGUCCGUGGACAGGUGCUGCCAGGUUUGGCACAGUGGUUUGAUAACUACACUGUGUGUGAGGGCUGCCAGCAGCAUCGUAUCUCUAUCUGUGGAGUGUGCAGCAAGGCUGCCAGCCCAUCUGUUGCUCUGCAGUGCUGCAGCAUGUGCCACAGGUGGGUACACAGUGAGUGUGCUUUACCUGGGGAGCUUCCAGAAGCCAAGUGCAUUUGCCUGCUUUGCAAGGUGGACCAUCAGCAGUCUAUCACUCAACCACACACAACAGAGAUCCAAACCACAGAAGUAUCUAAAGAGACUGAAGGAUGCGUGAAUUCGGUGGAGACGACUGUUCAAACUGAUGCAGACGUGGUGACAGAAGAGCAGAAAGGCUUAGUAGAGGUGCCACCAGGACAGAUGGGCAAAUCAGAGAUGGGUCAGGGAGAAGCUAUGACUGACACAGAGACGCCCAUGGACUUUGGGGAGGAGGCUGCAGUCUCCCAGACCACAGAUGUUGGGGAGAGAACCAUGGAGGAGGAGUUGGUACCAACAGAAGAAACAACCCCUGAGGUGCCCGCUGCUCCACUUGAAACUACAGAUGCAGAAUGUGCAACAACAGAACAGGAGUCCUCUUGUCCACCUGCUGAUGAAGAGAGAGCAGGAGAGGCAGUCAGCCACGUGACCCAAGCCACUUCCCCAGCCCCCAAAGCAGAGACCCAGUCUAGCGACUCCAAUCUAGAGCCAACACCGGUAUCACAACAAGGCCCUGAAAACAUGGAGGUGGAGAAGCAGGAGGCCACUCCCUUAGUUGAACAAAUAUCACCAGAGUUAAUAAAGGGUGUCUCUAUAACAGAAACAUGCAGCAAGGACCCACCAAAGUUACCUGCUUCUCCUGCCUGUGUGGUCAAAACGGAGCCUUUGCCCAUGGAUGACGAGCAGGAAAAAAGUCCAUGCAAGGAUCCGCCGUUUCCUCCUAGGCUGUCUUCAUCAGGAGAUGCACAAGAGACCCUCUCUUCUUUGGACAUGGAGGGGAGGUUACUAACCAACUCUGAGGAGGAGGAGGAGGAUGAGGAAGAAGAUGAUGAUGAGCAAAUGCAACGAGAAGGACAUAUUGAUGAGAUAAAACAGGAAAUGCAGGAGCAAGAAGUUAAUCAGGACUUUCUGCUAGAUGAGACGUCUAAUUUGAGCCAUGGAGAUGACAGCAGCAGUGGCUUUCUGGGCUCUCCGGGAGAACCUGAUCCUCAGCUCUCCCUGGAGCUUGGCCUUGUACACGGUGGCCGCAUGCGUUCAGAUAACUUGCUCACGGAGACGGAUGAUUCUCUUCCCUUCGAACCUCUCAGAAGUGACAGAGAGACAGUGAAACGCAGAGGAUCCCCAGGCCGCUCAAGGGUCAAACAUGGGCGAAGUAAUAGUUUCCCUGGAAAGCGUAGACCUCGAGGUGGAGCUGGUGGAGGGAGAGGGCGUGGUGGGAGGUCACGCCUCAAAGCCAUGGCCUCCUGCAUUGAUGCCUUCUUGCUAAGCAUGACCACAGACACUGGAGUAAAUAAGGAUGAAGACGAUGAGGAAGAUGACACAAUGCAGAACACAGUGGUUCUUUUCUCAAACACGGAUAAAUUUGUCCUGCUCCAGGACAUGUGCGUUGUGUGUGGCAGCUUUGGAAAGGGCAUGGAGGGGCAGUUGUUGGCUUGUGCUCAGUGUGCACAGUGUUACCAUCCUUACUGUGUUAACAGCAAAAUCACCAAGACGAUGCUCCGUAAAGGCUGGCGUUGUUUGGAAUGUAUUGUGUGCGAGAUGUGUGGAAAGGCUUCGGACCCCUCCCGCCUGCUGCUGUGUGAUGAUUGUGACGUCAGCUAUCACACCUACUGCUUGGACCCUCCCUUGCACACUGUACCCAAGGGUGGUUGGAAGUGCAAAUGGUGUGUGUGCUGUGUGCAGUGUGGUUCCAGCUCACCGGGUUUCCACUGUGAGUGGCAGAACAACUACACCCACUGUGGCCCCUGUGCCAGCCUGGUCUCCUGUCCAGUAUGCAGACAGAACUUCAUGGAGGAGGAGUUGCUGCUGCAGUGUCAGUACUGCGAUCGAUGGGUCCAUGCUGUCUGUGAGAGUCUGUACACGGAGGAUGAGGUGGAACAGGCUUCUGAUGAGGGCUUUGCAUGCACAUCCUGUACCCCAUAUGUUCCAAAACCUGUGGUAGUAGAGUCAGCCAUUAUGGCUUCAAUAAAGAUCAAAGAGCCAGAGCCUCAGUUCUACCGGUUGGAGGGCGUGUGGCUGACAGAAUCGGGUAUGUCCCUGCUUCGCAGCAUCUCCAUGUCUCCCCUGCACAAGAGACGGCAGCGUCGCUCCCGUCUUGGCACUCUGUGUUGUGAAGGAGGUCCUGAUGGAAUGGAUCUGAGGGAGGUCGACGGAGAUGGGGAGGAUGGAAAAGGCUGUGGGGAGCCCAUGGACUGUGAUUCCAAGAUGGAGAACCCCGGGAGCCCUGACAGAGAUGGUGGUGCAGGGGCAGACGGAGGCAAUGAAGGCAUGGCCGAUGGGGAUGGUCUCAAAGGGGGGGCAGAUGAAAUGGAGGAUAGUAAAAAAAGAAAGAGGAAACCUUACAGGCCUGGAAUUGGAGGCUUCAUGGUGCGACAAAGAAAGUGUCACACACGGAUGAAGAAAGAAUUUUUUGCCCAGCUGGCUGGAGAGACUAUGUUAGAUGGACAGCCAAUAGAAAGAACCAUCGAGGAAGGACCUCACGCUGACACGGAUAACAUAAUGGAUCCAAAACCAGUGGAGGGCGAGGAACAGGCAAAGAAACGACGAGGCCGAAAGAAGAGCAAACUGGAGGACAUGUUUCCAUCUUAUCUCCAGGAGGCUUUUUUCGGGAAGACACUAAUAGACUUAGGUAAGAAGGCUGUGAUGACAUCCCCGGGGCACAGGUCAGGUGCAUGCCCUGUCCGACCUUCAUUACCAGCACCAUCAGGGGUCAAAACUACUGCACCAGAGACUGAUUCUAAGGAUCGUGCUCUAGAGGUUAAUUUUCCUCUCAAGCAAGAGGGGGGUGAGGCCCACCAAGCUCAGGGAGAAGGUUCUGGAGUUUCUGGCCUGUCCUCGUCGCUGAAGGACCAGGCGUCUUCUGAUCCUCACGCCUUUGCUGCAGUAAAAAUUGAAGGUCUUGGGCAAGGGGUGGAGAGUCAGGACUCUGAGCAGUUCUUCAGGAAGGUUCUCGGAGUGUCAGAAGCCUCCUCUUUGGAGGGCAUGAACCCCAUCUUGGAGGGCAGUAAAGGAGAACUCAAUCGAAGCACUUUGCCACAGAGAGCUCUCCUCUCAGGGUCUCUGCCCUCAGCUGGAAUGAUGGAUGCCUUUCCUGGCCUCUCUCAGUCACCGUUCUUUGACAUGCGGGACCGAGGAGGGCUGUUCAGUCCAGACGGAGGUGAAGAGAGCCCCUGGGCCACUCCCUCUACCCCAGCAACCCCCACCUCCCCACCGACCCCCACUGAGGCAGAGGGUGAUGGGCUGUCCUACAACCAGCGCAGUCUCCAGCGCUGGGAGAAAGAUGAGGAGCUUGGUGAAGUCUCAACCAUUUCCCCUGUGCUUUAUGCCAAUACCAACUUCCCUACCCUCAGACAGGACUACCCAGACUGGGCAAGUCGCUGUAAGCAAAUCAUGAAGAUCUGGAGGAAGGUGUCAGCUGCUGACAAGGCUCCAUAUCUGCAAAAGGCCAAAGAUAAUCGAGCAGCUCAGAGGAUCAACAAGGCACAGAAGCAGGCAGAGAGUCAGGUGUGCAGGCCAAUCAAGACAGAGCCAGGACGUGUAAAGGGAGAAAGGCCCAGUUUACACCUCCAGAUCCCGCCACCUUCAGGCUCUACAUCAUGCCCUUCUCAGCCCAGCUCUGCAGAGAGCCCAUUUCCUUUCCCUCCAGAUUCAGGAUCAUCCUCUGUAUUUUUCUCAGAUGGACAUGUUAAGACUCCGGGUUCAGCUGAAAUCCGGACAGAUCCCUUGUCCAAGCUUCCUCCUCAGUCACCCCAUUCUCACUCUCAGCCAUCCACACCCUUCUCACAUGCUGGAGCCAGCUCCUUACAGGCCUCUUCCUCAGGUUAUUCUGCUUCCGGCCCACAGGGUCCUCCUCAGGGACGGCCAGCCAGUCUUGGACCCUUUGACAUGCAACCAGGAACUCCUGGAACACCCCGACGGGCUCAGCAGGUUGACCCCUACUUCAGAUCACAGCUACAGCAGCAACAGAGUAAUUUACCACAAUCCCACCAUGGCUCUCAGGAGUCCCUAGGACAUCCAGAAAGUCCUCAUUCGAGAAGUGCUGGGCUUGGGGAGUCGCCCAUCUUCUCGCCACCCCAUAAUACUCACUAUGGAGACCCUUUCAGAACCCAGCAAGUGAUGGGGCGACCAGAAUAUGGUUCAUCCCCAUCACCCUCUGCAAUGGCUUCAUCACCUGCAAGCACAGGACAGUACAGGGCUGAUAUGAGUGCACCUUCUCCACGCUCGUCUGCUGUUGGGAGACCUGACCUAUCGACUGGCUCCCCUGCUGGGAUGUUGGACUCUGGGGAUGGUUUUUUCAAGGCACCUUUGACGCCACGAGUGCACCAAGGGGAGGGUGGCGCACUUCACCCUGGAGCUUCCCCUAGUCACCUUUCUGAAGGCUACAGGAAGUCUCCCUCCCACCCUUUCUCUGACCCCCACUCUCAGUCACCGCUUACCCCCAAACAGCAGUCAGGUGACGGUUGUCCUAUGGGACUCCAAAGACAACCUGUAGCUCAGCAGGAACUAUGCUCAAGAGUGCCCUCCAGCCCACAGUCCCAGGGCAGCUCGCAGUCUCCCCAUACUCCUGGUGGACUAUCCAAUGAUGCUUAUAAUGUCCAGUCUCCAUCAACCCCACGUUUCCAGUCCCCAGACCAUAGUUCUCAGCCACCUUCAAGGCCACAAUCUAGAGACCAUUUUGCAGCUAUCCACAAACCCCCUCGCCCUCCCUCUGUUGCCCCAGAGGGAACAUUAAGUUAUAAAGGAUCACCUCAUCCCAACCAGGCACCGACAAACAGUUCAAUAGGUGAUCCUCUCUCUGGUAAACCAUCAGCAGUUCCUAAUUUCAGCCGCAGCCCGGGAGUCCUCCAGAUGACUCAACAGCAGAGUCAGAUGGUGCAGGGUCAGCUCCAGCAACAACAGCCACAUACUCAGCAGACUAUGGGGGCAGACAGCUUCAGUUCCAGGUUACCCCCUCCUUCUGGAUCUCAAGAACUGCCAGCUUUCCGCCCUCCAAACACACCUCAUCAGCCAUCUUUGCAAGGCACUCAAGAAAUGCCUGAUAUGUCAGCAGUGCAAGACCCUACAUUGGUAGGACUUAGCCCCUCUGAGCUGGAGAAGCACAGACAGCGCCAGAGAUUGAGGGAAUUCUUAAUCAGACAACAAAUGCAGAGAAAUUCCAUCAAACAAGAGAAGGAGGCGGCUGCUGCUGCUGCUGCUGGUGGCAGUGUGUCCCCUGGUUGGUCUGCAGGAGAGAUGGGGGCCUUUCAACAAGACAACAAAGUCCACAGAGCACCACCACCUUAUCCACAGGAUCGUAGUGCUGCUGCUAGCGCUGUUGGACCUCAGGCUUCUGUGGUAGGUAAGAUGCCCAUGGCUGUUGGAGGAAUGGAGGACAAGCUCAUUCGCCCACCACCUACAGGAACCCCUGCCAUCAUGGAUCCUAAUGCACUAAGGCCACAAGGGCCCACCAGACCUCAGGGCAUGUAUGCCCGUCCACCGUUCCCUCAACAGUGGCAGGGCCAGGCCCCGGGUCCAAGGAGGUUCCCCCAGCCUGGCAUGGAGGCUAUUGGUAUAAGGCACAACCCUACCAUGAAUAUUCAGGGCAUGGAGAGCAUGGGUAACCCUCACACCAUGAUGCCAGGACAUGGAGGAGAGACAAUGCAGCAAAUGGCUCAAGGACCCCCACCACAGUUCAUUGAACUGAGACAUAACUCGCAGAGGCUACCCUUACGACCCCAGUUUAUGCCUCGUGGACCCCAGCCCCGACCACGUCUCUUUCCACAGCAAGAGAUGACAGCUCCUUAUGUUCAGCAACACUCCAUCGCUCAAGCUGGAGGCAUUCAAACUGGGGGGGGCGGUGAGUCACAACUGGGGUUACAGCAGGGUGGACUGUCAGUUUUACUGCCUCAUCAGUCUGCAGGCCCAGUACCACAACAUCCCCACCAGCAGCCCCAGGCUACCUCCAAUCCCAAUACUCAACUUCAACAGUCAGGUCUAGUUAGAGAGCCCCAGGCUUCUGCCGCUGGAAACAGACUGGAACUGCCAGAGCCUGAUCUUGAGGGUCUUGGGGAGGCUCCAGGAGAUGGAGGUGUGGAGGAUGAGGAUGAUUUGGCUCUAGACUUGGACCCUGACAAAGGGGAUGAUGACUUGGGCAACUUGGACAACCUUGAAACCAAUGAUCCACACCUAGACGACUUGCUUAACAGUGAUGAGUUCGACUUGCUGGCGUACACUGACCCUGAACUGGACCAAGGGGACCCGAAGGAUGUCUUCUCAGAGCAGCUGCGGCUGGUAGAGGCAGAAAGUGAACCCCCUUCUGGCUCAGUGCUUGUUAAAGUAGAAGGUAAAGCCAAAGGGGAUCAGAAGUCUGCUACCAAACUGCAACCCUCUGCAGAGAUAGUUGAUAUCUCCAAAGUCAAAAUAGAAGACAAAGGUCUGACCCCUCAGCUGCAGCUAGGACAGACAGUGGUGAAAGAUGAAAUGGGAGAGGCUGUGUCAAUGCUUCUUGGUGGGAACACAACAUCAGCCAAGCCUGGACAUGCAGGAAACCAGUCUGCAUCACUCAGCUCUGUUCGAUUAGGGGGACUUCAAUACCCUCUGCCAAACCAAGCUGCAGAUAUUGGUGAUGAUCCACUGGGGCUACCUGAUGUAGGGGGGCAUCACUCCCCCGCUGUAGAUUUGGCAAAGGUAGAGAGCUCUUUAGAUGGUGAACUGCCUCUUCUAAUACAGGAUCUGCUAGAGCACGAAAAGAAGGAACUACAAAAGCAGCAGCAGCAGCAGCAACAGCUCAGUUCCCUCCAUCAGGGCGGCAUGGCGUCUCAUUUCCAACAACAAAACCCACAGGCACCUGGUCAGAUAAUGUUACCACACCACCAUCGUCCACCACAUCAAGGAAUGAUGGCUCAGCAAGGGAUGGUACCCCGUGUGCCACACAUGUUGCCGCAACAGCAGCAAAGGCUUAUGGGACCUGGAAUGGCAGCUGCACCUCACAUGGCAGUGGCACAGCAGCAAGCCAUGAUGAGGAUGGGGCAGCCAGGGAUCCAUGCAGGGCUCAAUCACCAACCUCAGCCACAGCCAGCGGGUAAACAGUUACCUCUGACCAACAACUUCUUCCCUGAUAAAGAAUUAGACAAAUUUGCCAGUGAUGACAUCAUGGACCCCAUUGCCAAGGCAAAAAUGGUGGCACUUAAGGGAAUCAAGAGGGUGUUGGCACAAGAUCCAAUGGUUGGACCCCCUGGCAUUAACAGACAACAAGUGUCUUUGCUUGCUCAAAGGCUGGCUUCUGCCCCAGGCACAGAUCCAGGUCAACUUAUAGCUGGACCUCCAAAGGAGGGCGAAACGAGUGAUCCCACCCAGUCGAGACCUAACCCUCCCCAGUUUGUGCAAGGAAUCAUCAAUGAUGCAGAGCAGCACCAAUAUGAAGAAUGGCUUCUUCACACUCAGCAGUUACUCCAAAUGCAGUUGAAAUUUCUGGAGGAACAGAUUGGAGUUCACCGCAAGUCACGCAAGGCGCUGUGUGCAAAACAGCGCACUGCUAAGAAAGCUGGCAGGGAGUUUGCUGAGGCAGAUGCAGAGAAACUCAAGUUGGUCACAGAGGAGCAAAGCAAAAUUCAAAAACAGCUUGACCAGGUGCGCAAGCAGCAGAAGGAGCACACCAAUCUUAUUGCAGAAUACAGAAGCAAGCAGCAACAGCAUCAGCAAGGCUCAGGUCUUGUUACCCCAGGUCAUUCUGCACAGGGGGCACCUCCUCACAUGUUUCCAAAGAUGCCUGGCCAGAUGAUGAUAGGGCAACAAGGAACACCAGUAAUGGGCCAGCACCCUGGCAUGAUGCCGCAAGGUGGAAUGCCUGUCAGGAUGCCCCAAGGGCAGCCCUUUAUUGGAGGACCGCAGCCUCAGCUUCCAGCAGCUAUCGGUGCUAGGGCCCCAGUUCCUCCUGGCGCUCCACCAGGAUUCUUUCCACAGGGGCCUGGAAUGCAAGGUGCAGACCCCAGGCUUCUACAAGAAAGACAGCUUCAGCAUAGGAUGCAGAUGGCAAAGCUCCAGCAACAACAACAACAACAGCAGCAGCAGGUGACAAUGGGUCAGCAGUCAAUGCCACACCCAAAUCAACAGACUGGCUUAAUCGCUCAGCCACAGCCUGGUAUGAUGGGGAACCCACUUAUGGCCCAACAACAAGCAAGCACACAACAGGGAAUGUUAGUCAACCAGGCCGGUCAGCAGAAUAUGGUGCAGGUUCCACAAGGAAUGGUUGGAGGCCAGUCUGGUGCUCCACCACCCCAGAACCUUGGAGGAGGCCAGCCCAUUAACCACGCACAAUCUAUGAUGGCAGCUCAACCAGGGAUUAUGGGGAAUCAACCAAUUGCACCAUUACAGCAACAGAGGCCUCAGCUGAUGAUGGGUCAGCAGGGAAUAGUUUCAUCUCCAGGUCAUCCUGGUCUCAGGGGCCCUCAGGUCCAAUUGACUCCUCAACAACAGAGCAUUCUGGCCCAGCGCAUGAUCGCAUCUCAGCAGCAGCAGCAACAACAGCAACAACAACAACAACAACAACAGCAGCAACAACAACAACAGCAGCAGCAGCUUGCAAAGAACUUGGCCCACCUCCAGCAACAGCAGAUGGCACAGCAAAGAACACAAAUGAUCAGUCAGCCUAGCCAAGAAGCAGGGGGACUCUCCCAACCCUCAACCCCACAGAUGGGCCCCUCGCCCUCAGCAGGAAGUAUCACACCCCAGCCACAGGGAUCCACAGACAGUCAAAACUCAGGCCCCAAAGAGGGUGGCAUUCUGAGCCCUGAUCCAAGAACUCCGCCUCAGCAGAGUGGCCCCUCCACUCCCAAUCAGAUGAGUCAGCUAGGCUCUGCAAAUGAUCAUCAAACUGACUUUGGAAGGCAACAGCUACAGCAGCAGCAGCUACAACAGCAGCAGCUACAACAGCAGCAGCUACAGCAGCAGCAGCUACAACAGCAGCAGCAGCAUCAACAUCAAAACCAGGUUUAUAUGGCCCAGCCAAAUCCUCAGUCUGUUCCAGAACAGCAAAUAACUUUGGUUGGAAACCAACAAACUGUCGCACAUCAGCAACAAUUUCCACUCACUCUCCAGAGGCAAGGUUCCCUCAGUGCUGAUAAGCCAGGUUUGAUGACUGUCAAAGAAGAAGGGAAACCAAUUGAUUUCUUAACUCAGCAGCAACAACAGCAGGCGGCUCAAAAUGCCAUGCAGCAGUCAAAGGAUCCCAGCAUGCAGCAGCAGAUCAUGGUCCAGAACCACCCCGGCCAGCCACAGCAAGUUGUUAUGGGUCCUAAUCCACAGCAACAAGCCCUCCUCGCCCAGCAGCAAAAACAACAGGCCAUAAUGGGUAUGAUGAGAGCGCAGCAGCAAGGAAUGAUGGCACAGAGGCCUGGGGUUCCACCCGGACAGAUCCGCAUCCCAGCUAGUAUUGCUCAGAAUCCCCAGCUCCGCAAUCUUCCCCCAAACCAGCAGAUACAGCACAUUCAGGCUUUGAUUGCCCAGAGGCAGCUCCAGCAGGGACAGAUGUUGCGCAUGUCAGUGGCUCAAGGACCGCAAAGUCAGCUGAGGCCUCACAUGCCACCAGGACAGAUGCCACUGGUCGGACAACAGAUUCCUGGGAUGGAAGGCCAACAGAUGCCGUAUGGAGCCAUGGGGAAGCCAGGAGUAGUGGGCCCUCAACAACAGUUGGGCCAACAACCUGGUGUUGCACCUCAGAUGCAGCACGGCAUGAUGGUCCCUGGACAACAGCAGCCACAAGUGGGGGAAAUGAUGCAGCAACAUAUUAUGAGAGGCCAGGUGCCGGUGCCACGCUCCCCCAUGGACCAGGGCCGUAUGAUAAGGCCAACAUCUCCAGGACAUUCAUUAGCUAACUCUCCUAUCGACCCGCAACGGCACGCAUUUAAUCAAGCUAUGGGUAUGCGUCCACCCACUCCAAACCAAAACCAACAACAAGCACUAAUGGCAGCUGCAGCAGGCCGCAUGCAGGGCUCUCCAUCCCACGCAUAUUCUCCAAGAGGACCCUUUGGCAUGAGCCCAGCCCACCCGGCCUCACCACAUUCAUCCCAUGUCUCCUCGCCUUCUGUACCCGACAGCAGGGCUGGAAGGGGGAGUCCAUACAACCACGUCAAGGCGUCCCCACUCAGGUCACCUGGAGCUAGAAGUCCACUUGAUUGUCCAGGGCUCAAAGUAGAAACUCAGAUAUCAGGCAAUGAAACACCUCAGACAUUCGCAGGCAUCCACAAUGGGCCACAAAAAGACAUGAAUAUUCACCAACGGUCACAUCAGGUCACUGAGAGUCAUCUGCCUCACAUGCAACAUGGCUCCAGAGAAGGGGAGCUUUGCAAGAUGACCCUACAGAACAUUAAACAGGAGCCAAGGGAGGUUCACUGUGAUGGGGCAGCAGAGGCUCAUCCUGGGGCUAUUAAGCGAGAAGCAACAGGUGAGGCGGUAACCUCUGGGAACACUAGAUUUAUCAAUGCUGGAAACAUGGCUGGGGAUCCUGCAAGCCACAGAUCCGAGACUGGACAGCAACUACUACAGAAACUCCUGAGAACCAAGAACCUUCAACUCGGUGCUCAGAGGCCUUCUGAAGGCAUCCACAACGAGAUCAACGGCCACAUCAACAGCAAACUAGCAAUGCUGGAGCAAAAACUUCAAGGAACUCCACGAAACAUGGAGGACUUGCAGUCUAUAACAAAAAGGUCUCCUGUACAAAAGCCAAAACGCACAAACAAGCCAGCCGGAGAAAGAGGGACGAAUGCACGGAAGAAGAAUAAGAAGGAGGAAGUUGGUAAAAGUGCUGAAGCUCUAAUAAAACAACUCAAACAGGGUCUCUCUCUGCUUCCCCUGAUGGAGCCUUCAAUCACUGCCAGCCUGGAUCUAUUCGCCCCUUUUGGAAGCAGCCCGGCCAACGGCAAAGCCCAGCUCAAAGGAUCUUUUGGAAAUGCAGUGUUGGACAAUAUCCCAGACUACUACUCUCAGUUACUCACUAAGAGUAAUCUCAGCAACCCACCAACGCCCCCAUCCUCCCUGCCCCCUACACCUCCGCCCUCCGUGCAGCACAAGCUGUUGAACGGAGUGACUCCUGUGGAGGAGCUGUCUGGUGGUCAGAAAAACACAAAGCCAGCAGAAGAGCCAAUGGUUACGCAGGAGGUAAAGAGUGUGGACAUCCUCGCUGCUCUCCCCACGCCUCCACAUAACCAGAAUGAGGACAUCAGAAUGGAGAGCGAUGACGAGGACGCCCCGGAAAGUAUCAUCCCAGCAUCCUCCCCCGAGAGUAAUGUGGGAGAUGAAACCCCACGCUUCCCUCACCUGCGGGAGCCGAAAGAGGAGGAGACGGAGAGAGCAAUAUCCCCCAUCAUCCCCCUCAUUCCUCGCACUGCCAUACCUGCCUUCCCAGAAAACAAACCAUUAGAAACGGCUGACAGCAAAGAAGUUUCCACAUCCAACCACUGGGACAAGGCCAAAAGCAACGAGGUGUCCGUCACCUUCACCCUGUCCUCUGCUGCGGCCAAGAAACUGAACCAUGUGAUGAUGGCCAUGGCCCAGCUGCUCAACAUCCGGAUGCCAGGUUCCUAUGAGUUGACUUCACAAAACCCUGACAUGCCUGAAGUGGAUGGGUCAGGGAAAGGACCCGGUCAGUCAGGGGCUUUGUGUACAAAGGACAGUUCAUCCAGUCAGGAUGAGUGGCUAAGGCAAUUUGACGUGUCUCUACCAGGCUGCACAUUGAAGAAACAAGUGGACAUUCUGGCACUUAUUAAACAGGAAUUCUCAGAAAAUGACGACAAACCGCCCCAGCACUGUUACACAACCAAAGUGAACGAUUUGGAUGUGCGCCACCUUCCUAUUAUACCGGUGGAGGAAUCUCCUCCCCCUUCACCAUCUCCGCCACAACCUCCUCCAUCUGUCUCAGCUCCAUCUGCUGAAGCUGAACCUUCGAAAAAAUCCGCUUGUCCCUCCCCUGCUCCUUUCAGUCCCUCCAGUGUACAGAUCAAGAUCGAGCCUGACCUGGAAGAAGUUCCUCCAAUUGAUGCUGCUCAACCAUCUGAUGACACAAAGUCUCAACUUGCUGCUCCAGAGUCGGUCAAUGAUGAAGCAGCUGCUUCUGAAGUUUCUGAUCCCACUGCUCCUACUGAGGAGAAGCAAGAUCUGAGUGUUACUACCAAGCAGGAGGAGGAGGAGGAGGAGGAGGAGAAGGAGGAGGAGGAGAAGAAGGAGGAGGACACGACUGCUGAUCCAGUUCAUCCUCCUAAAGAUUCUCCCAGUGCCAUGGAGUUUUCCCCUAAGGCUCCCAAGCAGCGCAGGCCUCUGUCCCCUGAUGAGGAGGUGGUACAUCCCAAAUUAAAAAAAUGGAAGGGGAUUCGCUGGAAGCGUCUUCAGAUUGUCAUCACGAUACGUAAGGGCGGGUCUAAGAAAGAGAGCAGCCGGGAGGUGUCGGAGCUGAUGGAGCGCCUGCGCAUCACUCUCCGACCGGACAAGCUGCCUCGGGAUAAACGCAAAUGCUGUUUCUGCCACGACGAAGGAGACGGAUACACGGAUGGACCGGCCCGUUUGCUUAACAUCGAUGUGGACCUGUGGGUGCACCUUAACUGCGCCCUGUGGUCCACAGAGGUGUAUGAAACGCAGGGGGGGGCCCUCAUCAACGUGGAGGUAGCCUUGCGUCGUGGAUUAGGAACUCUCUGCGCCUACUGCCAGAAAACGGGCGCCACCAACAGCUGCAACCGACUGCGCUGCCCAAACGUCUACCACUUCGCCUGCGCCAUCCGGGCUCGCUGCAUGUUCUUCAAGGACAAGACCAUGCUGUGCACCCAGCACAAGCUGAAGGGCCCCAGUGAGGAUGAACUAAGCACAUUUGCUGUCCUGCGGCGUGUCUACAUCGAGCGUGAUGAGGUGAAGCAGAUCGCCAGCAUCUUACAGCGAGGGGAACGCAUCCACCUGUUCCGUGUCGGCGGCCUCAUCUUUCACGCUGUCGGCCAGUUGCUCCCCUCCCAAAUGACCAACUUCCACUCGCCCACUGCAAUCUUCCCAGUUGGCUACGAGGCAACUCGCAUCUACUGGAGCACACGCGUGCCCAACAAGCGCUGCCGCUACCGUUGCCGCAUCAGCGAGGACGAGGGUCACCCGCUGUUUGAGGUGCGUGUGUUGGAGCACGGCAUGGAGGAUCUGCAGUACCGGGAUUCGACUCCAGAAGGGAUCUGGGACCUAGUUGUUCAGCAGGUGGCGAAACUCCGAGAUGAAUCCUCCAUGUUGAAGCUGUUCACCGAACAUGUGAAAGGAGAGGAGAUGUACGGCCUCACCGUUCACGCUGUCAUGAGAAUCACCGAGUCGUUGCCUGGAGUGGAGAACUGCCAGAACUAUCAGUUCCGAUACGGUCGUCAUCCUCUGAUGGAGCUUCCCCUGAUGAUCAACCCCAGCGGCUGUGCUCGCUCUGAAUCCAAGGUCCCCACGCACUGCAAGAGGCCUCACACUCUGAACAGCACCAGCGUGUCCAAGGCCUACCAGAGCACGUUCACCGGGGAGCUCAACACACCGUACAGCAAGCAGUUUGUCCACUCCAAGUCCUCCCAGUACCGACGCCUGAAGACCGAGUGGAAGAACAACGUGUACCUGGCUCGAUCCCGAAUCCAGGGCCUGGGUCUGUACGCUGCCAAGGAUCUGGACCGGCACACCAUGGUCAUCGAGUACAUCGGCACCGUCAUCCGCAACGAGGUGGCAAACAGCCGGGAGAAGAUCUACGAGUCCCAGAACCGUGGGAUCUACAUGUUCCGCAUCAACAACGAGCAGGUGAUCGAUGCCACUCUGACCGGCGGCCCGGCUCGCUACGCCAACCAUUCCUGUGCCCCCAACUGUGUUGCGGAGGUUGUGACCUUUGACAAAGAGGACAAGAUUAUCAUCAUCUCCAGCCGCCGGAUCCCCAAGGGAGAGGAGCUGACGUACGACUACCAGUUUGACUUUGAGGACGACCAGAACAAGAUCCCUUGCCAUUGUGGAGCCUGGAAUUGCCGCAAGUGGAUGAACUAACGGGACAGGACGGGAAAAAAGUGGAGCGCUCCUGUCUCGCUGGCGCCAGAACACUCCUGCGCCAAAGCCUUUGAAUCCUACAUAGCCAGUGCAUAAGCUGUUGUGAAAGACGUGGACGGAGGGAGGAGGUCUGGCCUCCGUCAUUUGACAGAUUUUGAAAUGGUGACACCCGUAGCCAAAGGUUUGAAGAGCAUUAAUCAAUAAAAGCAAGCGAGCACCUUCGUCGGCAGCAGCUCGACGGUGGGACUGACUUUCAUGUUUGGACUCGUGUGAACCCCCCCCUCUCCUCAGCCAAAACCCCCUUCCCCCUCUUCGACUGUUCUCUCAAGAAUCUCCCAGUGGCUGGAAAACAAUCCUCAACGUCUACCAAAUGAUUCUGACCCUCUGAUAUCAGUACUCGCAGUGCAGAGCUCGGCCGGAGCUCCGACAAAAAGCCAUUUUUAAAGUACUAAGAAUGAACUAAUGAUGCAUUUUUAUGUUUUAAGUCGGACCUAUUCCCUGUCCCACCUAACCACGACCCCUCCACCCCCCCCUUCUUUACCUCCCAGAAAAGGCACUUUCCCCAUCAAGUCAUCAAUGAAGACAACACAGAUAUUGGCUAGCUAGACAAUCCUCAUGUGGCUCUGUGUAAAGAACUACAUAUGAUCGAUGGAGAAGGAGAAGAAAAGCAAAAAAAAAAAAAAAAAAAAAGAAGAUGUAAGUUAAUAUAAAAAUUUGAGAUGCUAUAGCUCUGUGGCUCCCGAGGCACCGGAUGGCGUGACUGCGUGGAGCCCCACGGCGGGUUAGUUGGACCCAGUCUACCUCAUUGAUUUUAGCGGGAAGUGACUGCUUUGUAUGAAAACUGUUAACUGCUACUGUGGAACCGGGGGGGAACGGGGGAAUGUUUUUAUGGGCUUAGCCUUCUCGGACAAGCAGGGAUUCUUAAGCAGCAGGUUUGCUCUCAAUCUACUCUAUGCUGAUGGUAAUCUACACACACACACAACAAAAAUAAUGAGCCAACCUAAUUAUUAUUCAUGAAUUAUUUAUACAGAGGAACUAUAUGACAGUUUUGAUAAGACAUUGCAUUCGAAUCACAAUCAUGAUAAAUGCCACCAAAUCAUCCUGGACAUUGAUGUAGCUUUCUUCCUCUUUUUCUGUCUUUUUUUUUUUUUGUACUCUCUUAUUUAAUGCGUCUGAAACCCAUGCGCUCAGCUGUGUGAAAGCACAAUAACAUCCACCUUCUUCAGCCGCUCCAGACGGCGACGCCGCCGGGAUCCAAACAUUAAAAAACCACAUUUGCUCGUCGCCUCGUACGUUGAAGGUGCGCUUGUUGGACACCAGCCGGUGGAUGCAUGACUACUGUCCCAUGUAAUGCUUUUUUAUCCCCCCCCCCACCACCCCACCCCAGCAGGUCAGUCUUUUCACGGCUCAACCUUAAACCUUGAAUCAUGCCUCUUCCUCUCUUCUGUUCUUUAGUGGACUGUUGUUAAACUUUACUGUAGUAAGUCUUCCUCUGCCUGAGUACAGCCUGCAGUGUUUCUACUUCCCCUGUAGUGUGCUUUUUUUUUUUUUUUUUUAUUCUUCUUCUAGUGCUGGUACUGUCCUCUCGAGGCUGAACCGAUGGCAGGGAAAGACUUAUUGGAAAAAAGGGCAUUUGUUUUUCAUUUCUAUGUAAGAUGAAUGAAAAAGUCUUUAAAGGGAGCUUUACUGAAACUCCACCUUCCCGUACUACUUUGUUUCCUCCUUCCCCCGAACCUAAGACCUCACAUGAUUUUAAAAAUGCAAAAGUUGUACAAACUGUAUAUAUAGUAUAUGCAUUAGGGGACAGCAACUCUUUAUCCAGCCCCUUUGUAAUCAAUAAAGUCAAAAAGUGUAGAGAAAUAAAAUUGAAAAAAAAAAAAAUCAACCACUGGAUAUCAUUUUAACAAAGAUAAAGCUGUAUAUAAAUAUAAAUAUAUGUAAAAUGGCAAACUAAUAUCUUUAUGUAUAUGAACCAGAGUGUUUUGCAUUUACCUGUUUUUUCUAUUAGUGUUUUUUGCUAUAAGCUCUCAGAGACAAGUUUGUUAAAAUAGGUGUGAGAGCGUGUCUGGUCUUCUCCAAUCAGUGACGACGAGAAGCCCAGGUCAUCAGCGAGCCGCUCGGGUUCCCGCGGAGAGUCGCUAGUUAAGACAUGAAAAUCACUUCUUGCAUAAAAGCAGUACAAUGGUGCAUAGCAUUUGUAUUUAUGUAAUAUUGUCCGUGUUUAUUUUUCCAAUUUAUUUAUGCUACUGCUUGUUGAUUACCAAAACCUCUCCCUCAAUCGGUCACAAUUGGAUUCGUAUACCCUUGAAUGGAAAAUCUUGAAGUCCCGAGAAUAUUGUCGUGUUUUGCUUUUUUAUAUCUUCCCUAUAGAAGUGAAUGUGUUGGUAAACCUUGUGAAAUGUUUACUUGGCCUCAUGUAUGUUAUGAUGUAAUACUCAAAAGUUAAUCCCAUACUUAACCUGGUAAUGAAUUGCACUCUCAUAGUAUAACGGAGAACUUCUCUAAAGUGGUAGAUAUUGAUCGAGUAUCCGAAGCAGUGAUAUAUAUAUUUUUUGGUAUGUUUCUAUUUCAAGGGAAGACAAUGACGAGACAUUAUGCCGCUCACUGGAUUUUAGAAUGAAUAAUUUUUAACUUCUCUGAAUCUUAAUUUAAGUUCUCUGCAUAUCUUAUAAUUUAAUAAAGUUUGCUCAAAUUGAAGGUUUUUUUUAACCUCACCUACUUUUUAAAAAGAAAAGACGUUGCAUCUGUACAGCAGAGAUACUUUUAGGGAAUAUGAAUAAAUAUAAUGAUCAUUUUUAUUGUAUGUGGCAUGUUUUGUAUGGAUAUUAUUUUGAAUUGUACAUAUUUUUUUCAGGACGCCAGAGGUUGCAUCUCUUUAUAUACAGCUUUCCCACGCCCUCUCCCCUCCAUCUUAUUUCUUUGUCUGCUUUUGUUUCUUGUAAAGGAAAAUAAAAUGCAUUUUAAAUAUGUG